CAAACAGCACUAGUUUAGUUAGUCGUACAGAGAGCACGCCAAUUCAGAGCAUCAGUCGAGGCGGCCCCAGUGGAUUCCUCCAUAUCCAUCUGUAUCUACACGACGACACCCACCGCUGGCAGCCACCACCACGAUCACUGCACGAAGAUGGUAACGGCGGCGGAGAGCUUGCUGGGCCUCCUCUGCGUCCGCGUGAAGCGAGGCAUCAACCUCGCCGUCCGCGACGUCCUCUUCGGCAGCAGCGACCCCUACGUCGUCCUCUCUGUUUCCCCCAAACAAAAAGUGAAGACGAGGGUAAUAAAGCACAACACAAAUCCUGUUUGGAACGAGGACUUGACUCUCUCUAUCAAAGACCCGUCUGUUCCAGUUCGACUCGAAGUUUACGACAAGGACACGUUCACCGUGGACGAUCCCAUGGGCGAGGCAGAGGUCGACAUCGCCCCUUUUGUGGAGAUCGUGAAGAUGAGCCUGAAAAAUGUUCCAAACGGCCGCGUAAUAGCGACGGUUGAGCCGCGCAGGAACAACUGUCUAGCGGAGCAGAGUCGUAUAUAUUUUACGAACGGCAAGGUGCGUCAGGACGUCGUCGUUCGACUUCGAAACGUCGAGCGAGGGGAAAUCGAACUACAGCUUCAGUGGGUUAGUAUUCCAGGUUAUCGGCGCUAGCUAGAUUUUGAUGUUUAUCAGUCCGUGUACGAUCUGGUGCGCGUGCCUUUUUUCGCUGGGAGCAAAUCUUCGUAUAACAUUUCCUGUAACGUUGAUUGUAACUUCUCUAUAUUUCUAAACUUAUUAUACAGUCCACACCUAUAAAAAAUACUUUAUAAUUAUGGCUCUGA